CCUUCUCUCUUCUUUCACAGUCAACCUCUCAUUUUCACACAUAGCAGUAGUUCUAUAAAAUCUUCAUUUAUUCUUUUCAAUUCAUUUAUUCUUUUCAGUUUUCCAAUUAGAAUUUUUUGAAUCGUAUGAGAACUGCCCUUCGCCGCUGGUCCAAAUUGCCGCGAGAUUUAGCUACUAAAAUGGCAGAAGAAAUCAACUCAUCCACCGCCGCCUCCGCCUCCAAGACCCGCUCGCUCUGGCCCUCCGUUUUGCGCUGGAUUCCGACCUCCACCGACCACAUCAUCGCCGCCGAAAAACGCCUUCUUUCUCUCCUCAAAACGCCUUAUGUGCAAGAGCAGGUCAAUAUUGGCUCCGGUCCGCCCGGUUCCAGAGUCCGCUGGUUCCGCUCGGCCAGCGACGAGCCUAGGUUUAUCAAUACGGUGACGUUUGAUGCCAAAGAGGGCGCGCCGACUCUAGUCAUGGUUCAUGGAUAUGGAGCUUCUCAAGGCUUCUUUUUCCGUAAUUUUGAUGCCCUUGCAACGCGUUUCAGAGUAGUUGCAAUUGAUCAGCUUGGUUGGGGAGGAUCCAGUCGGCCUGAUUUCACAUGUAAAAGCACUGAAGAAACUGAGGCAUGGUUCAUUGACUCGUUUGAGGAAUGGCGUAAAGCGAAAAAUCUUAGCAACUUUGUUUUGCUUGGGCAUUCCUUUGGAGGGUAUGUUGCUGCUAAAUAUGCGCUUAAGCAUCCUGAGCACGUUCAGCAUUUAAUUUUAGUAGGCCCUGCUGGAUUCACAUCUGAAACAGAACAUAGGUCUGAGUGGCUUACUCGAUUUAGAGCAACAUGGAAAGGUGCCAUUUUAAAUCAUCUCUGGGAGUCUAAUUUUACACCUCAGAAGAUUGUAAGAGGUUUAGGUCCUUGGGGUCCAGACCUGGUUCGCAAGUAUACCAGUGCUAGAUUUGGGUCAUAUUCAGAUGGAAGUAUAUUGACUGAGGAUGAAUCAAGACUACUUACAGAUUAUAUAUACCACACGUUGGCAGCUAAAGCUAGUGGAGAGUUGUGCUUAAAGUAUAUAUUCUCCUUUGGAGCCUUUGCCCGAAAACCUCUAUUGCAGUGUGCUUCUGAAUGGAAGGUCCCGACAACAUUUAUAUAUGGCCAUCAAGAUUGGAUGAACUACCAAGGAGCACAAGAAGCACGCAAGCAAAUGAAGGUUCCAUGUGAGAUUAUAAGGGUUCCUCAGGCUGGACACUUUGUAUUUAUCGACAACCCCAAUGCAUUUCUUUCAGCUGUGUUUUAUGGAUGCCGCAAGUUUUUCCCGUACACCCCGGGCAGUAACAAUCUCCCAGAAGGCCUAGAAACUGUUUAGAGGAAGGAGCGUAGGGUUUCUUUUCACUUGUAUUUUGUUGUAAUACCAAAUAAAUGACUGUUCCAUCACAUUCAUGAAUCAUUCAUUUGUAACUAUCAUGUAUAAGGUAAUUUAUAAAAAUAUGAUUUGAAUAUC